GGAAUGAGGAACAAAAGCUGUGUGACUACUUUCGUGAUGAUGGGUCUCUCUGAAAAACCUAAGCUGCAGUUAGUGCUCUUCAUUCUAUUCCUUGUUGUUUAUAUUGUUGCCCUAAUUGGAAAUCUUGCCAUCAUUGCUGCCAUCAUUUCCUAUCCUAAACUUCACAGGCCAAUGUAUUUCUUCCUCUUCCACUUGGCUGUGGUAGACAUAAUCUGUACUUCUGCCAUUAUUCCCAAGAUGCUAGGAAAUUUAGCAACCUUCAGCAAAGUUAUCUCCUACUCUGGCUGUAUAGUUCAACUCUAUUCCUUCACCUGGUGUUUGGGAGCUGAGAUGGUCCUUUUCACCAUCAUGGCUUAUGAUCGCUAUGUGGCCAUAUGUCAUCCUCUGCAUUAUGCCAUCAUGAUGAGCAAGAAAGUAUGCAUGGCACUAUCUACAGUGGUGAUUCUUAUAGCUAUUAGUAACUCAUGGGUUCAUACUGGUCUAAUUAUGAGGCUCACCUUCUGUGGUCCCAAUGGUAUCAACCACUUCUUCUGUGAGAUUCCUCCACUUCUGGCUCUCUCUUGCAGUCCAGUAAGAUUAAAUGAAGUCUGGGUCUUCACAGCAGACAUCUUCCUAGCUAUGGGAAACUUCUUGCUAACAUGCUUAUCUUACUGCUUCAUUGUUAGAACAAUCCUUAAAAUCAAGACAUCUGAAGGAAAGAAAAAGGCCUUCUCCACGUGUUCGUCUCACCUUAUUGUUGUGACCUUGUAUUACUCUACAGUCAUUUAUACUUAUAUACGUCCAGCUUCCAGCUAUAACUUUCAAAGAGAUAAAGCAGUUGCUGCCCUAUAUACAUUGGUUACACCAGUUUUAAAUCCCAUCGUUUAUUCUCUGCGAAAUAAUGAUGUCAAGGCAGCUCUUAAAAAAGUUUUUUUUAUAACAUGA